UAAAUCAUCAGUGUAAAAUUCGGAAAACACAGCGAUCUAGAUAUGAAAUACUUUGUGGUCCUUGUCGUCCUGGCCCUCAUUUUGGCCAUCACCGUGGGUCCUUCGGAUGCAGUGUUCAUUGAUAUUCUUGACAAAAUGGAAAACGCAAUACACAAAGCUGCUCAAGCGGGAAUUGGCAUAGCUAAGCCCAUUGAAAAAAUGAUCUUGCCGAAGUAAUUAACGCAAAUCUGUUCUGCACUGCAAUUCAAAAAAUGUAUAAAACGAAAAUAAACACAAAUUUUUAAAUCUGAAAAACAAUUAAUUUACUAACGUAAGACUUU